GCUCGCGCUCUCGGCAGUGCCGGGGGCGCCGCCUCCCCCAUGCCGCCCUCCGGGCUGCGGCUGCUGCCGCUGCUGCUGCCGCUGCUGUGGCUACUAGUGCUGACGCCUGGCCGGCCGGCCGCCGGACUGUCCACCUGCAAGACCAUCGACAUGGAACUGGUGAAGCGAAAGCGCAUCGAGGCCAUCCGCGGCCAGAUCCUGUCCAAGCUGCGGCUCGCCAGCCCCCCGAGCCAGGGGGAGGUGCCGCCCGGCCCGCUGCCCGAGGCCGUGCUGGCCCUUUACAACAGCACCCGCGACCGGGUGGCGGGGGAGAGCGCCGAGCCGGAGCCCGAGCCCGAGGCGGACUACUACGCCAAGGAGGUCACCCGCGUGCUAAUGGUGGAAAACAGCAACAAAAUCUAUGAGAAAAUCAAGAAAAGCCCGCACAGCAUAUAUAUGCUCUUCAACACAUCGGAGCUCCGGGAAGCAGUGCCCGAGCCCGUCUUGCUCUCCCGGGCAGAGUUGCGCCUGCUGAGGCUCAAGUUAAAAGUGGAGCAGCACGUGGAGCUGUACCAGAAAUACAGCAACGAUUCCUGGCGCUACCUCAGCAACCGGCUGCUGGCGCCCAGCGACACGCCAGAAUGGCUGUCCUUUGAUGUCACGGGAGUCGUGCGGCAGUGGCUGAGCCACGGAGGGGAAGUAGAGGGCUUUCGCCUCAGUGCCCACUGUUCGUGUGACAGCAAAGAUAACACACUGCAAGUGGACAUCAACGGGCUCCGUUCCAGCCGCCGAGGUGACCUGGCCACCAUUCACGGCAUGAACCGGCCCUUCCUGCUCCUCAUGGCCACCCCACUGGAGAGGGCCCAGCACCUGCACAGCUCCCGGCAUCGCCGGGCCCUGGACACCAACUACUGCUUCAGCUCCACGGAGAAGAACUGCUGCGUGCGGCAGCUCUAUAUCGACUUCCGCAAGGAUCUGGGCUGGAAGUGGAUCCACGAGCCCAAGGGCUACCACGCCAACUUCUGCCUGGGGCCCUGCCCCUACAUUUGGAGCCUGGACACGCAGUACAGCAAGGUCCUGGCCCUGUACAACCAGCACAACCCCGGCGCGUCGGCGGCCCCGUGCUGCGUGCCGCAGGCGCUGGAGCCACUGCCCAUCGUGUACUACGUGGGCCGCAAGCCCAAGGUGGAGCAGCUGUCCAACAUGAUCGUGCGCUCCUGCAAGUGCAGCUGAGGCCCCGCCCCGCCCGGCAGGCCCCGCCCACCGGCAGGCCCGGCCCCGCCCCCGCCCGCUGCGCCGGGCUGUAUUUAAGGACACCGCGCCCCAGCCCCCCUCCCCCCGCCCCUGGGGUCCAUUAAAGGUGGAGAGAGGACUGGGGUCUCUGUGCGUGUCGUUGGGUCCCUGACUGGGGUCUCCCUCCCGGCAUUCCCGACGUUCCCUGGUUCCGGAUCCAUCUGCGCCCCCUCCUGUCUCUCUCCACCAUUCAUUUCCUCCCACAAACACCUGCAGAGCACUCCUGAAGUCCCAAUACUCCCCGCGGCCGCUAGAUUUAUUUAUUGAGCACCUUGUGCCCUGUUCCAAAUGCCUUAUAUUGACUACUCGUGUAAUCACCAUAACAAAACUCUGAGAUAGUGUCAUCUGAGGUAACACUCACUUUAAAAAGGUGAGGAAGCCAGAGCCCAGCGAGGUUAAGGGAAUAGUUGCUGCCCACCAGGAACCUGCUUUCUGGGGAAGAGACAGAUGUGGGAAGUGACGCUAAGACAGGAAAGCGGGAUGGAGCGAGAGAUGGUUUGGGGGAGGAGGGAGGGCUCCUCGGAGGAGGCAGUCUGGGGGAGCACUGGGGGAGAGUGUUCUCGGUAGGGAGACCUAGGCACAGCCUGGCCAUGAGGAUGAACUUGGAGUAAGCGACACUGAGAGGAAAGGCCAAUGUGGUUGGAAGGGAGGGACAAGGGGAAGGGUGCUGGGAGCUGAGUCAGUUGAUUAACGCUCACAGGCCAGAGAGUAAUAAUAUUCCCCCUGCCAGGUAGGGCUGUAGGAGCUCCCCACAUUCUCCCCACAGCCCAGCAGAGCAGGGGUUAGCAAAUUACCGCCUGCAGGCCAAUUCUGGCCCGCUGCCUGUGUCUGUAAAUAAAGUUUUAUUGGAGCACAGCCAUGCUCGUUCGUUUGUGCAUCACCUAGGGCUGUUUCGGUGCUACAAGGGCAGGGCCCAGUAGAAACUAUAUGCAAAGUCACGAAUAGUUACUAUCUAGCCCUUUACAGCAACAGUUUGCCAGCUCCUACUAUAGAGACCUUUUGCUCCCCACUUUACAGAUGGGAAGACCGAGGCACAGAGAGGUUCAGUUACUUGCUAAGGUCACACAGCUAGCAGGCGGCAGAGCUGGGAAUUCAAGCCCAAACAGCUGGAGUUGAGGAUCUAGGCACAUGACCUCUGCACGGGAACUGCUUCCCCGUCCACAUUGGGCCGUGGGGGCCUGUGGGGGCCUGUGGGAACUUGUACUCUGAGGGAGGUGGGAGCCACGUCAGGGUUCGGAACAGAAGAGGAGAGUGAUUUGACUUCGGUGCUCAGAGAGUCCCUCUGGCUGAUGGUUGAGUAGACUGAAUGCCGGCUAGGGGAGCUGCAGGGAGACCAUUUGUCCAAGUGAGCAAUGCCAGUGCCCUGAGCCAGAGUGGCUCCCCAUCGGCUGCCCCGUUUCUUCCCAUCUGCUCUGGUCUUGCCCGUGAACUCUCCCCUGCUUCCUCCUCAGCCUCUCCGGUUUCCCCCUCUUCGUCCCAGGUUUUGGUCCCCACCCUCCCACUGCCCUACGCUCUCCUACCCUUCCCAGGGCCGGGCUCUGACCUGCUCCUGGCCCAGGGAUGGCCCUAGGGUGGGGGUCACUGUGUGGGGACAUGCUGCCAUUUUCACCAGCCUCCCGUGUGCACACACUUGCCAGCACACGGUGACACAGACCGUCGUCACUGCAACCCCGUGAAAAUGCGGCACAGCUACACACAUUCACACUCACAACAGAGGUUCGAAUGUGGACCGUGUCCCACGGUCUCACAAACACGUCCACCUUUCAGAGCCACAGAGGCUACACAGAAGCCUGUGACACGGGGCGGCGGCCACAGCCCACGCUCGCCCUGCCGCAUUACCCGGGCCCAGCCCAGCCUCGGAGCUUCACCGGGACGCGGCAGAACACAGUCAGACAAAUACGACCCCCCGCACACCAGAGAGGGAUUUCGAGAGGAUGCCACGCACAGACACACACCUCCCAGCCUCAGAGCCCCAUCAGGAAGUGAAACA